ACUUAAAAAGUCUAACCGCAUUUGUGGUUUUCUUUAGCUUCAAACAUAACAAGUGUUGUCAUGGAGAGUGGCAGUAAAGCAGCUGUUAACAUGUCUCGGAAUAAAGUUAGGAAUAGCAAAGGUCCUUUGAAAGGAAAUCAUUUAAAUCCAACCUCAUGUCAGAGCUCUGACGCAUCAUUGGCUUUAGAGUCUAUAACACAUUCAACUUCAAGCCCAGAGUUAACUAGACAUGGAACAAAACAGUGUGCUGUAAAUACUCCGUCAUCAAAAUGUGACAUAUUACACAUGAUAGAGCAAGCUGCUCAAUCUGGCUCACCUAAAGAAAUGCUUGAAUGUUUUAAUCAACUGAUACAAACAGAGAACAAAGUUAACCAAGAAAGUUUGGACAAAGGUCUUCUUUUGUCUUGUAGGUAUGGUAGAGAGUUUUUGGUAAAGAUUCUGAUAUUUCAUGGUGCUAAUAUAGAGACGAGAGACAAAGAUGGCAACACACCACUUUUGGUAUGUGCCAAGAAAGGUUUCACUGACAUAGCUCUGUUACUGGUUGAUAAAGGCGCUGAUAUCAACAGUUACAACAAAGACGGUGAUACGGCACUUUUACUUUCUAUUCAAACAUCCGGGUCUUCUCAUCUGAUUAGAAGACUUCUUGACAAACAAGAGUUAACAAUGGACCAUAAAAAUAAAAAUGGGUGUGAUGCUUUGAUGAAAGCCAUUGAAGUUUUAAACUUUCCAUUGAUGAACAUUUUGUUAAAAAAACAAACAGAUAUAAAUGCUUGUAGCAAUGUGUCAAACAGUGCCAGUAAACUAGUUGAACAUUUAGGCUUUGAAUUCUUGUUGCAUUAUUUGGUCCAAGAAACACAUGAUCCAAAAACAGCUUUAGAAAAAGCAGUUUUAAUGAAAGACAAAUACAUCAUUAAACUUUUGUUAGCUUGUGGACUUGUAGUCUUCGAUGAUAGCAACAGAGAAGAUAAGGAUAAUAAUAUAGUUUUUCUAUUUUUAAAAUCAAUACUUGAGAGUAAACAGGAAAUAACAGAAGAUGAUUUGUAUAUAAUUCAGAUUCUUAUAAAGGCUGGAGCUCCUAUAAAUUCUGUUUGUGGUAAUUAUAGCUUUGAUUGUAUUUUAACAUUAAGCAUAAGGAUAGGUUGCUAUAAUUUGGUAGAAAUGCUUUGUCGUCAUGGUGCAGAUGUAAACAAACAAAGUUACUUUGGCAAUAACAGUCCCUUGGUUGUAGCUGCUGAGGUUGGUAGAUGUGACAUUAUAGACUUGCUACUUGACUAUGGUGCAAAGAUCAACCAAGACUCGUGUCAAGCACUUCCGUCUGCGAUUGUGCUAGAGCAAAUAGAUUGUGCAAAACUUCUUAUAAAACAUGGUGCUAAAAUAGACGCUUCUGAAGCACUGACUUCUACUGUCAUGGGAAAUAAACUUGAAUCAUUUCAGCUUCUAAUUAAAGAAUUUAAGUCGGAUGUUCAUUCUCAGAUAAGGCAAAUAGGAACAAAAUUAUUAAACAUUGCAGCAGAAAAUGGUUAUAAGGAUAUGAUUAAACUACUAGUGGAAGAAGGUGCCAAUGUUAAUGGAAAUUAUUUUAAUCAAACUCCUUUAAUGUCAGCUACAGACCCCAGUAUUACAGACUUCUUGAUCCAACUAGGUGCCGAUAUGAAUAUCACUUUUGAAUCAUGCAGAAGACAAAGAAGGCAACAAACUAUUAAUAAAAGUUUCAGAAAAGUCGGAUGUGGAAAAUGUUGUACAUGCUCUUCUAAUAGCAGGGGCUUAUGUCAAUAAACAAAAUAUGUACUGUGAAAGUGCUUUACAUGUUGCAAUGAGAGCUGAAUCUAUUGAAAUUGUGAAAGUCCUUUUGGAGUUUAAGGCGGAUAUCAAUUUAAAAAAUAGCACAGGACAGACACCUUUAUUUUGUGUAUUGCCAGGAAAAUAUAUGCAACUGAUAAAGUUUAUAUUAGAAUAUAAAGUGCAUGUGAAUGAUGUAGAUAACAAAGGUAAUACUCCUUUGCUUCAUGUAUGUUCUUCAAGUUUUAACGACUCGGUUGAAGUUGUGAGACUUCUAAUAAAAGCAGGGGCUAGUAUCAACCAUCAAAACAAUGAAGGCUACACACCUCUGAUGUUAGCUGCGAAAGAGCAACACAUUGAAACAAUUAAAUUGCUAUGUGAAUCAGGUGCUGAAGUCAAUUUAGUUAAUGAAAAGAAACAUGAAACUGCUCUAUCUGCACUUAUUAACAGGAGUAUUACUCAAUUGUUUGAUACUGACUAAAGUGUUCUCUGCCAUAUAGAAAAAGGAGCUGAUAUUUCUUUUUUAAGACCUGAUGUACUAGAUCAGUUUUUGGAUGAGUAU